UUUUUUAAAAGAUGAGUUAUCAUAAUCAUAUGUCUCUACCAAAAGCAUUCCCUGAUGAAGACUCUGAAGUGGAUGAUUCACAAAUUCAAGUUUUGCAUAUGACAAAUGUUAGUUCAUCAGAAUCAGAAAUUCCCUCAGAAAUGGUGUCAUCAGAGGUUAAUUCUUCAAUCUUUGAAUCAACCAGUUCAACUUCAACAACCGAUAGCCAACAAUCGGUAUCAGCAGUUAAUUUAAGUAAAUUAGCAUACAAUUCAAUGUCAAUAUGUUUAGGUAAUACAAUUGAUAAAUUAAUAAUAAAUAAUACAAUAUUACAAUUAAGUGAGGUAAAUAGUUGGCAGAAACCAUUUACCUACGAUACAAUCGAACAACGUAUAAACGAUAUAAAAAAGACACAAACAUCAUUACCAGAAUCGGUGCGGGAUCCAUUAUUAAAUUUAACAAAUUUACAAAAACUAAAACGUGAUGUAACAAUGAUUAUACGUACAUUUAAAUUAAUAUUAAAACAAAUACAAAGUUAUGAAAAUUUAGAAGAUUUGUUUAAUGUUGCUGAUUUAAUUAAACGUUUUAAUAAUGAUGAAUAUGAGUUAAUCUAUGAAUGUAAUAGAAAUAUUAAAUUAGUACGACAAUUAAUUACUGAUAUACGUGCUGAAACAAGGAAAGAUAAUAUUGUACAUGAUGCUGGUGUAACUGUUGAUUUAACAUUACGAUUUACAAAUCAUUGGGAUUUAAAUCGAUACAAUCAAAAUAGAUUACGAUUACAAAUUGAUGAACAGACUUUACAAAAUGAGAUUAAUGAGCGUAUGGCAAUGUACGAUCAAGAUACAGAACAAUCUGAUAUGGAUUUUAAAAAAUUAUUGGCUGAUCAAGCAAUACAACAUAAAAAUUAUAAAGAGAUGAAAAAAGAAUUUAAACGUCGUAAAAUAGAAAUGGCUGAAUGGAUUAAAGAUAAAACAGAACGUGAAGAAAUCGAAAAACAUACACAACUAAUUAAUUCAGCUGCAACGAAAAUUCAAGCCUGGUAUCGGGGUCGUUUGGUACGGCAUGCAAUUGGACCAUACAAAUUUUUAAAAGCAUUAAGACGUAAAGCUGCCGCUGCUUCGAAAAAAGCGGCAAAAGCAGCUAAAAAACAUGAAAAAAAAGCUCAUUGA